AUGAGCCUGUUCAACGCGAACAUUCAUCGAGUACUUCAUAUACUAGAAUUGGCUGGAAGGUUCACGUGUACCUGGCCGUUAGAUUCUAACAGCAGUAAAAGAGAAGUUGUCUUUCGUAACGUUCGAUGGGGUUUCACGAUACUAAACGUGAUAUUACUACUGAUAUCCUUGAUACUCGCGAUUUUUCACUUUCGAAACGACAUAACUAUUUUAAUGAAAACCAUCUCCGAGAUGACUGCUCUGCUGGAGGUGUUGAUGGACAUGAUUCUCUGCAAAAUGAAGAGUGCACAGCUUCAGGUGUUGGUAGGAAAAGUAAAGGCGUUUGUAAAAGUGGCAAACAAGAACGAGAUUAAGAUAAUACAAGGAUACGUGGAUCGAUAUAAACGAUUUUUCGGAACAAUAGCAAUGGGAUACGUAAUGACUGGAAUCACGUUCAGUUUGGCGCCUCUGUUUUCCGUACAAGAAUUGCCAGCAGACGGAUGGAUCCCGUUUUCCAUUAAACCACUGGGAGUAUAUUGCCUCGUAUACUUUGUGCAGGUUUACUGCAUUCUCCAAACAGCGUUCUGCAUUAGCGUGGAUUUCAUGAUCGCUCUUCUAAUCAGCUUCUCCGCGGCUAAAUUAGACAUACUGGGGAUGAAACUGCGAAAAGCGAAUGGCCACGACGUGCUGGUAAGCUGUGUCAAAGAACACCAAGAGAUAAUAGGAUUUGUGGAGGAUAUUAAGACAUCUGUCGAGACUUUGUUAUUCAAAACGAACGCCACUAUGGGAAGCGCUGUGAUAUGCGGAACGUUCCCGUUGAUUUACAAUCAGUCGCUGACAGUAAUCAGUCAGUUUCUUCCUUUGAUGCUAUCCGGCUGCGGACGACUAUACGUCAUCUCCUGGCCAGCAGAUGAUUUGAAAGAGAGCAGUAUAACGUUCGCGAAGUCUCUGAUAGACAGUCCGUGGAUAGGGAAACCACGAAAAAUGACGAACAUUGUGAUAAUUAUGAUGCAAAGAAGCCAAAGGAUAUUACUCAUUACCAUGGGUGGUAUACUUCCUGCUAUUUCCUUGGAAUAUUAUGCAAACGUAUUGUACUUCGACAUGGAGAAUUUCUGCAGAUACGCCACCUCGAAGGAAAAAGUUGUCCUGCAACGAUACGUGGACAGAUACAAAUACUUUCAUGGGAUUUAUAUAUUAUGGUGCUUCCUCACGACCAUCUUCGUCAUAAGUGGUCCAUUGUACUCACCACAGACGUUCCCCACUCAUGCGAUAUAUCCUUUCCAAGUGGAACAUACACUGUUCAAGAUUGUUAUUUAUUUCCAUCAGUCGUUAGUUGGUUUUCAGGCGUCCGCUGGUAUGGCCAUCGACACUCAAAUUGCUCUUCUUCUGCGAUACGCGGCUGCCAGGUUCGAGCUAUUGGGAAACGAGAUGCGAAAUGCAAAUACUCACUGUGAAUUCAAUGCCUGCAUAGAGAAGCACAGUGAACUUCUCAGGUAUACGAAAACAAUUCGACAAUCUAUCAAGUUCCUAAUUUUGACCACUAUUGCGACUACUACCGUGGCCGUAAUUUUUGGUAGCUUGAAUUUAAUCGCUAAUCAACCAUUGCUUUUGAAAGCUUUAUACGCGGUCGUAGUAUUCAGCGCCAGCGUGGAGCUCUUCAUGUACGCUUGGCCUGCGGAUAAUUUGAUGCGUAUGAGUACGAAGCUUGCGGCAGAUAUUUACAACACAGAUUGGUUCGAAAAGGAUAUUAGAUUGCAAAAAAAGGUAUACUAUAUUAUACAAAGGUCUCAGAGGCUCGAAGCUAUUCGAAUUAAUGGCAUAGUUCCAAAACUAUCCCUGCCAUACUAUGCAAUGUAUCUAUACAAGUCUUUAUCUUACUUCACUGCGUUGCGUAUCAUGGUCGAAAGCGAAACUGCUGUCGAAAGUAUAUAG